UUUUUCAUUUUCAUUGCAACAACAUUCUUUUGGGAAACUAUUGAACAAAUUUGGAGGGGAUUUUGCAAAAACGAAGCGAAGAAAAGGUGCUUUAUCUGCCACACUGGGGCAUUGGGAUUGGAUCGCAUCGAAAUCCUUCAAUUAGCCCGGCAUAUUUAGCACAUUUUUUGCGCCAAGUCUUUUGCAAACGAGCAAGCAACAGGUGCAGGUGGUCCUUUAAUCAGACACGGAAAAAGUCAAUCUUUGAGAUGAGUUGUCGGCCGCCUCAAUGCCGUGCACCCUGCAAGCCCUGCAAACCCUGCAAGCCCUGCAAACCUUGCGGUAGUGGCCGCUGUGGAGGAUGCGGGCCCUGUGGAGGAUGUGGACCCUGCGGAGGAUGCGGACCCUGUGGAGGAUGCGGACCCUGUGGAGGAUGCGGGCCAUGCGGAGGAUGCGGGCCGUGCGGAGGAUGCGGGCCGUGCGGAGGAUGCGGGCCGUGCGGAGGUUGCGGGCCGUGCGGAGGAUGCGGUCCUUGUGGCGGCGGCUGUUGCCAACAGCCGUGUGCCGUUAUCUCGUACAGCCUGACCAGCGGUCCGUGUGGACCCGUCCUGCCCAGCCUGCAGUGCAUUUGCUGCAACGGCGGCUGCAACAGCAACUGUGCCCCACCCUUCUAUUUCGUGCCCAACAGGUGCGCCUGCUGCUUCGAGUGGGGCUGUUUUGGACCCUUCUACUAGUGCUGGCGGAGGGCGACGACUCAAUUACUGCUGCCCUCCUGCCUCCCUGCCCGCUCUUCAUGGUUGUCCUAGCUGUUGUUGCACUUUUGAUGAAACUUUUCAUAUUUUUGAAUGCAAUAAAUUCACGUGUCACGCGGA